AUGGAUGAGGUCAACUGGACGUCCAUCUCUGAGUUCGUGUUCUCGGAUGUGUCCGACCAGCAGGACUUGCAGCUGCUGAUCUUUGCAGGGUUGUUGGCCACGUAUCUGGUGAAUAUUGUUGGGAACUCCAUGCUGUUUGUGCUGAUGUGGGCCAACCCCCAGCUCCGCACCCCCAUGUAUUUUCUCCUCAGCCAGCUGGCCUUGGUGGACAUGGGCACGGUCUCUGCCAUCCUGCCCCAGGCCCUGGUGCACAUGCUGACUCAGCACCGGGCCAUCUCUUUCACCAGCUGCAUGGUCCAGCUCUUCAUCUGGCUGUCUAUGGGAAACAUGGGGAGCUACCUGCUGGCUGCCAUGGCCUAUGACCGCUAUGUGGCUGUAUGCAACCCGCUGCGCUAUGCCACUGUGGUGACUUGGUCCCUGUGCCUCAAGAUGGUGGCUGGCUCCUGGGUCGUGGUGCUUCUUCAUGCUCUGCUGGACACCGUCAUGGCUGCCCGGCUGCGCUACUGUGGCAACCGCCUGCAGCAUUUCUUCUGUGACCUGCCGCCCCUUCUGGUCCUCUCUUGCACUCGGCCCAUCACCAUCAUCACUAUCGAGAUGGUGAUCUUCACCGAAGGCGUCCUGGUGAUGCUGACCCCUUUUGCCUUCAUCGUGGCCUCCUACGUCCGCAUCGGGGUCGCUGUGGCCCGCCUGCGCUCUGCCCAAGGCCUGCGCAAGGCCCUUGUUACCUGCGGCUCCCACCUGACUGUGCUGAUACUUUUCUAUUCCACUGCGACUUCCCCUUACAUCUACCCAGACUCCAGUGACACCAAGGAGAAGGACCGGGUGGCCGCCGUCUUCUACACCGCUGUGGCGCCUGCCCUGAAUCCCCUCAUCUACAGCCUGAGGAACAAGGAUGUUGCUGCGGCCCUGAGGAGAACAGGGAGGAAGAUCCUGGCUUGGGGUCAAUGA